GCAGGCGCCGCGCCCGUGGCGGCUCUUCCGUUGCAGCCAGCUGGCCGCCUCCCGCCGUGACGGGCUCGGAAUCUCCGCGGGGGUGCGGCUUUCAGCCGCUUGUAACGGCCCCACCGGUUGGCGGUGGGAUCGAGGAGAGAGUGAGACUUCAGUGGAACAGCAAAUUGAACAAAUGCCUACCUUCAUGUUUGGGUGAUGGAUAAAUUCCAAGAGCAUACAAGCAUCUCCUUCCUGAUUCAAGUAAUAUAAUGACAUGGUUAUAUAGGAAACUGAAAGUAGCACAGUAAAAGUACUCAUGGGUAAGAGAAAGGAAGAAAGUGUUUCAAAGCCUAGAUCCCACAAAAGACAGAGGCAAGAAUUCACAGAUGAGCACAGUGAUGGGUUGAAUGAUGAAGAAAACUUAUUGUUUUCAUUUGAUAGUAAUUUAUCUUCUGUGUCGACUGUAGGGGAAGUUGGGAUAAUUGAAAGUAUUCAGCUGAAGAACUUUAUGUGCCAUUCCAUGUUGGGACCUUUUCAGUUUGGAUCAAAUCUCAAUUUUGUUGUUGGAAACAAUGGAAGUGGAAAAAGUUCUGUAUUAACUGCUCUUAUUGUUGGACUUGGUGGGAAAGCCACUGCUACUAACAGAGGUUCCUCAUUAAAAAUGUUUGUAAAAACCGGAGCAACUUCUGCAGAUAUCUCAAUAACAUUGCGAAACCAAGGUAGAGAUGCAUUUAAACCAGAAGUGUAUGGUGACUCUAUUAUAGUGAAUCAGCACAUUACUCUGGAAGGAAGCAGAAGUUACAGACUGAAAAGCAAAUCUGGGACCGUAGUUUCUUCGAAGAAAGAGGAACUCUUAGGAAUACUGGAUCACUUUAACAUACAGGUAGAUAAUCCCAUGUCUGUUUUAACUCAAGAGAUGAGUAAGCACUUCUUACAGUCUAAAAAUGAAGGUGACAAGUAUAAGUUUUUUAUGAAGGCGACUCAGCUGGAGCAAAUGAAAGAAGAUUAUUCAUAUAUUAUGAAAACUAAAGAAAAUACAAGUCUUCAGAUAGAACAAGGAGAAGAGCGUCUUCAAGAGCUUAAGCAGCUUUAUAAUGAAAAAAAGGAACGUUACAAAAGCAUUGGGUAUGUGAAUGAAAUGCGAAAUCAUCUUGAAGAGUUGAAACAUAAAAUGGCAUGGGCUGUGGUGGGUGAGAUGGAAAGAGAAAUACAGCCAAUCAGAGAAGGCAUCAGAGCUGAAGAAGGAAAUACAGAAAAGUUUGAUCAAAAGCUAGAGGAAUGCCAGGUUAAACUAAAUGAAGCAGAGGAGAAGUACAAAACAAUACAAGAGAAAUUAGGAACAAUAAAUGAAGAAGCAGAAACCCUGCAACCUCGGUGUAUUUUAUUAAAAGCUGAUGUGCAGGCAAGAAGAAAAGCAGUUAAUGAAGCUGAGGUACUCUAUAACCGUGUCAAAACUGAGUUGAAACGUCUGGGAAAAGAUGAUGAACAGCUGCGUAACCGAAUUGAAGAAAUGAAAAACAGUGCUAAUAGGGUUUCAGUUCCUGAAAAGAUGGAAAAACAAAGGAAAAUUGCACAGUUAAAGGAAAAGUUACAGGCGUUUCAUAAUGAGGAAGUGAUGAUUGGCCAACAGAUGGAUCAGUUUCAGCAGGCUAUUUAUAAACAUAAGGAAGAAGAUGCUAAACUUAGGAGAGAAGAGGGUGAUAUGAAACAAGAAUUGGAUGCUAAGCAGAAACAGCUGAGAGAGCUGAGAGAUAGUAAAACAAAUAUCUUUAAAAGAUUUGGGCAACAUGUACCAUCAUUUCUUGAAGCAGUUGAAACAGCCUACAGGCAAGGACACUUUAAACGCAAACCUGUUGGACCUUUAGGUGCUUUCAUUCAUCCGAAAGAUGCUGAACUGUCCUUGGCUAUUGAAUCUUGUUUAAAGAGCUUAGUUCAGGCAUUUUGCUGUGAUAAUCACAGUGAUGAAAGAGUUCUUCAGCAACUGAUGACAAAUCAUUAUCCACGUGGGCUUAGACCUUCAAUAAUUGUAAAUAAAUUUCAGGAUAAAGUUUAUGAUGUUAGACACAGAGGAGUUCACCAUCCAGAAUUCCCAUCAGUUCUUACAGCAUUGGAAAUAGAUGAUCCAGUGGUUGCCAACUGUUUGAUUGAUAUGAGGGGUAUAGAAAAAAUCCUGCUGAUUAAAAGUAGCCGUAAAGCUCGUGAAGUAAUGCAGUCUAAUAAUCCUCCAAGAAAUUGUAGAGAAGCUUUCACUGUUGAAGGGGAUCAAGUAUUUGAUAGACGAUACUAUUCUUCUGACUACCGCAGACCCAAGUAUCUCAGCAAAAAUGUUGAAGCAGAAAUAAAUCAUUUGGAGAGUGAAGUUGCAAACAGGAAGGCACAGUUGACAGCAUGUCAGCGACAUUUGUAUUCCAUUCAAAAUGAGAUUAGGCGGAAUGAAGAUCAUCUUCAUCGUCAUCGACAACACCAAAAAGAACUACAGAUAAAAAUAAGAACAACAAAAGCAGAAAUAGCAGAUCUUGAGAAUACAGAAGAAAACCAGUCAGUGGACAUCCGAAUAUUGGAAGAUGUGUCUGAAGAAAAUAAAAAAAAGAUGGAAUCUGCAAAAAAAGAAAUGCAGGAGCAAAGCAGAAGAAUGGAAGAACUGAACAAUAUUCUCCAGGAGGCCGAAAAAAGAUUUGAAGAAAUAAAAGAAAAAAUUCAUCAAGUAGAAGAAAUUGCUGGUCCAAUUAAGGAUGAAUUAAGCAAAGCGGACUCGGAGGUGGAAAACAGAAAACGUCGUUGGCAGCACUAUGAAGACAGAAAGAAAGAACAUUUGGCUUGCAUAAAAAAACAUAAAGAAUUACUAGCUGCCAAAGAAAAAGAAUUAGAGGAAAAAACUGCCCAGGCUAGGCAAAUCUACGCAGAGCGCAUAGAAGUCAGCAGAACUGUUAAGAGUCUGGAUGCAGAAAUGAAUCGCUUAAGAGAGCGGAUCAAUUCAGAAAAAAAUCACCAUGGGAACAGAGAAGAAAUAAUACAACAAUUUCUUGAUGCAAAGGAAAGAUACGAAGAUGCAAACAUUAAAGUAAAGAACUUAAAGAGAUUUAUUAUGCUGCUGGAAGAAAUAAUGACACAAAGAUUCAGAAUAUAUCGACAGUUCCUAAGGCUCCUUUCUUUACGAUGCAAACUGUACUUCGACUACUUAUUACGCAUUCGAGCUUGCUGUGGAAAAAUACUUUUCGACCACAAGAAUGAGACACUUUCAAUAACAGUUCAGCCUGGAGAGGAAGACAAAGCUGCUCUUAACGAUGUGAGAUCGUUAUCAGGAGGUGAACGUUCCUUCUCAACAGUUUGUUUCAUUCUUUCUCUGUGGUCCAUUACUGAAUCUCCUUUCAGAUGUUUGGAUGAAUUUGAUGUCUACAUGGACAUGGUUAACAGAAGAAUUGCAAUGGAUAUGAUUCUGAAGGUGGCUGACUCUCAGCGUCAUCGGCAGUUCAUUUUGCUCACCCCACAAAGCAUGAGUUCUCUGCCUACGAGCUCUCAUAUUCGAAUCCUCCGAAUGCAAGACCCUGAAAGAGGCCAAACACAGUUGAAUUUCCAUAAUAGGAAUGAAGAAGAAGAAGAUGAUUGAGUAUAAAUUGUAUUAAUAUGGCACAAUAUUGAGGAUAAAUGUACAUUGAUGCUUGUAAAUUCCAGUUGAUACUGCCUGUUGCUGGAUAAGAGGCUCUCUUGUUAAAUACCCUCAGGAAAAUAAGUAGUUCCUGGUUUUUAUUUUUUUAAUCUCAGAACUACUUGGAUGUGUUCUUAUAGCCCAAGGAUAAGAACAAUUUUCAUGGAAUCAACUGAGCAUUCAGGGUUUUAUUUUAAUGAACAACUACUAGUUUUUCUUUCCUUGGGGGAAGGAGAGAGGGUGGGAGAAAGGGGGAUAUGACAUGUAUUUUGUAUAACUGUGGAGUACUAUUUUAAUAAACUAUGGGAACUAAUACUUGUGACAAUGAUUUAGCGUCUCUGCACUCUUCAAACUGGCCUUGAGUUUAAAAUCUGGUUUUCUGCUUAUCUCUGCUUUAUUUCUUGAAUGUGUGCUAAUACAUGCAGUAAAACGUUUGUUUAUUUACAGCGGAACCACAGGAGCUGAACGUGUAAAAUUAUUGCUUUUUUUUCGUAAUUCCAAAAUUUCAUAAUUUUGAAAAUGAAGAACUUUUUUCAGUUUAUUUUCUGAGCAGGAAAAAGUAUUGAUUCCUAAAUUUUAUAGGGACUAGCUUGUGUGUCUUAGGACAUGUGCUUAUAAAAACAAGCAAAUCAUGUCUUCAAAAUUUUAUAUUCUUAAUUCCAAUUCUUGCACAGACUAAGUUCGCAGGUAUUCAUUAUGUUAACAAAAUGAUAGGAGUCCUUCAAUAUAGAGGAGCAAAGUGGUGUAGUUUUAAGAAAUAAUAUAGUAACUUAGAGUAACUUUUCUAGAUUGUGGGCUUCCCAACCCACCCCACUGCCCCACCCCUCGACUAUACUUGAGUUGUUAAAAUAAAAUUGAGUCUUACUUUUAAAAAAUUAUAUUUAUUGGGGGGAUAGAAGGAGAAAGAAUAGCCAGGUUUUUCAAAUUGCCACAAAUUAACUUUAAUUCUAUCCUGUUCUCCUCUCUCCAGGAAUUCGCAAUUAUUGGGAGCUCUUCAGAAACAAUCAAUUUAUUCAGCCACUAGGCAUAAUUCUGUUUGUUUGGUUUUCGAUGAUACAGGAGCCAUUAAGAUUAUUCAAAGAACAGCUCUAUAGAUUCCAGAAUUAUUUACUGAAUAGCAACUCCUCAAUAAAAUAUCUUUACAGUUUAAGUUUAAAGUGAAUGUAGCCAAAAUUUAAAAGCCAAAUUUAGUUUUAGUCACUGGAUGGUAUUUUGUGUUUAUUAAAGCUGUUUAGUUUUUACGCAAGUAUUUGUUAAAUUUGUGGGUAUCUAUCUCUAAAAUAUGAAAACUAGCUGAGAACUGAAGGAAAUAGGCUAGAACUACAGUUGGUUUUCUUGGUGCAUUCUAACUUUAGGAAUUAAAUCUAGUGAUCUUUUAAAGACUUUGAAUGUUUACUUCUGAAAACCUAGGGUAAUGGCCAACACCAGACUUGCAGCACGCUUGCCAUGUCUAAGAGGAGGUUACUGACAAAACAAAGCCAGGCUUUUCAUUGAAGUGUAGAGCAGGGGCACAAGAGACAGUGGCCCGACAUUGAAAUGUGGAUGUUCUGGCUAGAUAAUCAUGUGAGGGGUUGUUCACGAUAAGGAUGAGGCGUUUAAACAUAUUGUCCUGACGGGUUGUAGAACCUCUAUCCUUGGAGGCUUUCAGGUUCUGAAUACUGCUGCACCUCCUUCAAGCAAGGGAUUGCACUAGAGUUCCCCAGAGGUUCCUACCAAACUCAAGGAUCCCACAAUCCUGUGAAUAGAAUGAAAUGGAAGAUACUUACAACUUGUUUAGAAUCAUGUGAAAACAGCAUGGGAGGACAUAUGCAGAUUGCAUACUUGGCAAAGCUUUUCUGGAAUGUGAACCCAGCUUGUGUUUUGGGGUGAGUCUGCAAUACUCUUACGUGGUCUUGAGCCACCUGUUCAGUUUGACUUGACUUUAUGCUGGAACUGGAGUAUAUUUCAGACCCUUUUACGGUGAGAACUGAUACAACUGUAAAGCUUUAUUUCUUCCUGAUUUUUUUUUUUUUUUUAGCUGCCAAAAAAAUAAGCAAGAGUGCAGAGGCAGGAGGGAGAAAAAUGUUUAUCUCCAUUAUUAUUUUUAUAAUGGCUUGCGGAGAGAAAAGAGGUUAAGGAAAAUUACCCCGUUCCUACUGAGCUAACACUUGAGAUUUCUCUCAAGUUUUCUACAGAUUUACUUGAAAUAUUGGAGGAAUUGGCAAUGACUCUGGUCUUUGAUUCAAAUCAUAUCCUGUAUUUAUUCGAAUAUGCCAUUGUACUUGAUGAAAAUGUGUGCUUGCCUGUAUAAUAAUUAUAAGUAACUGGUUUCAUGAUAGAGGAUUAGCUCUAAAUAAACAAUUACUGAAACAGUU